CUAGCCUAUCGAUUGUUUUGGCGGCGGUCUGCAAACCUAUCGGAAUGCAAUAAUAAUAAUAAUAAUAAUAUUGUUUUUGCCAGAUAAUUUAUUAAAUUCAAUUUAAUUAGCUUAAGCACAACAUGGACAAGGCGCCGGGAAGUCCUCCAACCACAAGUUAUGUCAGCCAUUGUAGCCUGAGAAGAGAGAAUCCACCUGCAACGCUACCUAAGAGUCAUGAAGAUUUUGGAAAUAUAGCCGCCGAAGUGGCCAAUAUAUAUGAUGUGGAUCGCCUGGAUAGCUUACGCGCCUUGCAAAUGCGAAAGCAGAACCGGACAGUGGCCGCCACCAGUGAGUUCAUCUCCAUGGAGGAGCUCCUCCGAACCCAAGCUGAACCCGCACCCGGCCAAGAAAUCGUCGACAUGAUUCUGCGUGAUUUCUGCUCCUCCCCGACGUACGUGGAGGAAGAGGACCUGCUCACCUGCGAGUCACCGCCAUGGUUUCGAUUUCGCAAAAAAAAGAUGAGAACCUACGCCAGAAAACAAUCUUCUCCACAGCAAAAUGUGCUAAGCGUUGCCAUUGAAGCCGACGACGAAGGGGAAGACGAUCGGCUGAGCUGCUCCUCAGGCCUCUCCGUGCAGGAGGAUCACACGGCUCCAAGGGCCACGUCUGUAUGCGAGCUGGAUGCCAACACCUCGCAGAAAAUCUGUGAAAAUUUACUCAACCUGAGUCAAUACUUUUCUCUAAGCAACCCCACUUCCAGUUCCAAUUCUCAUCCUAACAAAGACCACCCACCGGCUGUUAGUAUAGAAAUUGAUCUUCCAACUAAAGUAGAUCCAGAUCGUUCGAAACCCUCGUGCUCCCGGGAACAGCGUAGUAAUCUUUCGGAUACGAAUUCAUCCGCGGAGUGCACAUCGAUUGAAUUGGAUAACCUGGAGACCGAUUUAUUAGGGAUCGGUUUUACCUUUGAGGCCACCGAAAUCUGUGAUAUUAAACCUAGAGCUCCAGGCAAUUUAGGCGACACUCUUUUUGAUGAUGGCAAGGCAAGCACAACCAUUGUUCAGUCCCAGUUGGAUUCUAAAGUCUGCGCAGAUUGGUCGGAAGGAGAUUCGAUUUUGGAGAACUAUAACACAGAAAAGAUCUCCCUAAAUGAUGAGGAACUUGAAGCAAAGCUACUAUUGAUAGAUAAAGUAAAAACAGAGCUAAUUGGAGCAAAGUCUGAGGAUCCCGAGAGCUGCACACAAAAUUUAUUGGAUGAUAUCCCCAUCAGUGAGUGGCAAACCCCAAUGGAUAUUCCAGACGAGUCAAUCAAGGAGACCCCAGAGUUAAGCCAAAAAGAAGUAAAAAAGAGCCAAGCGAGGACAAAUCUCAAGAAACAGUUUUCUCCGAGAAAUCCCCUGGAUGAGUGGCAACCAAUGGAGAUUCCCGAGUUUGUUGGCUUUCGCACAGCCUCUGAUAAACCCAUUGUGAUUUCCGAAGAAAUGAAAGAAAGAGCCGCCAAAUUGCUGGCAGAUAUUGACGAAACUGAACCAAAGCCACCAAGCGACAGAGCCACAGAAUCCUCAGAGUUUGUUGGCUUCCGAACAGCCUCCAACAAGGCCAUUGAGAUUACUGAGGAGAUGGCAAGCAAAGGUGCCAUGUUCAUAGCUCAGUUCCAAACCAGCGAUCAACUAAGUCAAUCAAACGACGCUAAAAUUCUCCAGAACAUUGCGUUCAGCGAGUGGGAACCAAUUGAUAUACCAGAGAAAACCACUAAGGUUCCCGAAAAAGAAGAAUUAAAUCAAUCAAUUAAUAUUAGUCAUUUGAAGCCACCUGAAACCAAGACGCCAAGUAGAAGCCAGUCUGUGAAUAUACCUCAGCUUGUUGCCUUCCGCAAAACUCCUUACAAAUUCAUGGAAGUUGCGGAGGAAAUGAAAGUCAAGGGUGAUAUGUUGAUGGCUGAAGUGGAGUCUGGUUUAUAUCAACCUAGUCAAAGGCGUAGCCUUCAGAAUACGGAAGUUAUUCCAAUUAAGGAGCCAAUUAAUAGAGCCUAUGAAGGAGGUGAGGAGUUGGAAAGAAAGGCUGCUGCAGUCCAGGCAGUCGUUGAAUUUAACUCCGAAUUUGUUGGCUUUCGUACAGCUUCUGACAAGCCGAUAGUGGUCUCAGAAGAGAUGAAAAUUAAGGCAGCACAGUUUAUGGCUGAAUUUCAGACUGUAGUAUCAAACCGAGAGCACGAGGGCACCGCUUAUAAAGACACUGGCAAUACAGAAUUUAUUGACAAGCCGAUUGUGGUUUCCGAAAGCAUAAAAAGGGAAGCUAAAGUAGAAGCCAGCAGUUCGAAUCAACAAAACGAAGACGAAGCUGUCUCAGCUAUAAGCAAUGAAGAAUUUGUUGGCUUUCGUACUGCCUCAAACAAAGCUAUUGUAGUUUCAGAAGCAAUGAAGGCCAAAGCUGCAAAAUUUAUGACAGAAUUCCAAGCAGAAAGCCCUCAAAAUAUAUGUUUAAAUGCUGAAAAUACGGCGUGUGAUUCAGACGAUAAUCCAAAAUUCUUUGGAUUCCGAACAGCGUCUAACAAACGCAUUGAAAUAUCGGAGGAAAUGAAAAGCAAAGCUGCCAAAUUAAUGGCAGACGUACACGCAGGAUCUGAAGUUAAUCAGAAUCAAAAGCUAUCUAGUGAUAAUGAGUGCCUUUCUGAUAUAUCAGAUAAUGUUUCUGGUGAAGAAUUUAAAGGCUUUCCCGAAAACGGAAUACUUCCACUCUCCAUAGAAGAAGAACGUUCUAACUGCAACGAUUCUAUUUUUCCCAGGCUGUCCCAGACCACUAAAGAUGACUCAAAAGUGUCCACACCCAGGCAGAGAAGGGAUACCUAUGAUGGCAUUCCCUCUAGUAAGAGGCUUCGCAAGAUUUCCAACUCACCACCAGAACAAAAUCGUCAGGAAAUCCGUCGUAUAGUGCACAAGACGACCUCGUGUCACAGUGCACUUGGAACACCCAUCCAGUCGCAGGAGAUUCAUGCCUCACUGACACAACUAGCUGGCCUUUCGCCGCUGGAUCAGAAAACCAAGACCUCAGUGAUAGCCCGCCGUAACCUCUUGACGCUGAGUAAACGGCGUAAGCGGAGCCGCACUCCAACUGGAACUCUGGCAGGAAAUACAAUAACCCCGAUUAAAUCCCGAUUAGCUGCAAUGCCAUCUUCUACAAGUACUCCGCUGGCGGAUAGAAACAUGAAUCAUGUCCAGGACUCGACAGCCACUAAACACAAUGCAGAGGAUAUGUCGCCGAUUUGCAUGCCACCAAACAAGUCCCGUCGCCUUGGUCUGAGUCGAAGUCGCAAUUAGUGUAUGCAGUUUUUGUUACUUUUUGUUACGUUAAAGCGUAAUAGGAACAUAUAGACCCUUAUACCAAGACAAACCAGAAAGUCAAAAUGAUUUCAAUCCUAUUGAUGUCGAAUCUUUUUCUGGCUGUCGUGGCUCUAGAUUUGAUGCCCUACCAAGUGCUACGUGAACUUAAUUUCG